GCUGAACUGAGGGUGUACAUUUUAUCUCUAUUCGUCUUCUUUUUACAGCAUUCGUGAUAUAAAUUAAAAAUUUUUGCAGUCACUUUUUCUUAAUUUUCUGGGCGAAAAAAAUUCAGGGAAAAUGAAAAAUGUUGAAACUACUUCCACAGAUGGUUUGAACAAUAAUGAAAUGAACACGGUGAGUUAAAAGGAAUCUAGAAGCGCAUGUCCAUUAAGUAUUCCGAUAAUAGUUUGCUAUUUAACGUGAUAAUCAAUGAAAAUUUAAGUAAAAUAUUCUAGAAAUAGUGUAACAGAUGUCAAACAGUAAAGGAAAGUAAAAGAAAAUUAGAAAACAAAAAAAAUCUCAAAUCAUUAUAUAAAAAUACAGAAUAUAACGAAAUGAAAUCGUUGCUUGACAAAUCAUUGCAAUCAAGACAGUCGGAAUUAGAUAUCAAAAAGAGGAAAGAGCUUGAUAUUGAAAAAUAUAAUAAAAAUGAACAACAAAUAACUUUAUCCGGUAAAAUAGAAAAUUUCAAUACAAAUACUACUUCUACUAUCAUAAAUGAAAGAGCAUUAGAAAAUAAACAUCAAACAAGAAGCAUAUUUUUUGUUCAAUCUUCAGAAAAAAUAAAAAUUAUUAAAAGAAUAAGAAGAAAUAGUGAAUGCUGUACACGAACGACUACAACAAUACCUAAAAUUCGAAGAAAAUCUUGCGAUAAUUUUAACUAUUCUAUUCGAGAACCUAUUUCACAUUGUUACAAAUCAAACAAAUCGGUUCUUUUUAAUGAAGUGGAAUCUCAAUUAGAGAAAAUGUUUGCCGGAAUCAUCGAAGGAGACGAAAAACGUAUAAAUAAUCAAGGUAUGGUCAUUGAACGACCUAACCUAUCCAAUAAGCAGAACAUGUUAAAAAAUAAAAAUAUAAAGGAGUUAUCGUUUGUGAAUAACGUAUCAAAUAUUGCUAAUGAUGGUUUUUUCCAACAAGGAAAUGAAAAAUCUUUAUCAAAUGCGAAAAAAAAUCCAGAUAAAAAGAAAAAUACAUGUAAUACAAAAAAAUUUCUAGAUUCAUUAUCUGAAUCUUCCAUUAAAAACAAAAAAAAUCGACUAUCAUAUAAAAAGUCGCUGAAAAACGGAAAAAAUAUUAAUAAAAAGAAAAACAACAAAAUUGAUCAUUUUCGUGAAUCAUUUACAGAAGUUGUCAAUGGGAAUCAUUUAAAAUACAAAGGCCCAAUAAUUCAGUUGAAAAAUUCUAAAAUGAAUACCACUCACGUUGAAAUCGUAAAUGUUCCUAGAGAAGAAGAUGAAGAAAAAAACAAGGAAAAACGAAAAGUACAGAAUAAUACAAUAUUAGGGAAGAGUAAAAGUCUAAAUCGCCAUCAAAAUAAUUUAGAUUAUCGUGGUAAUUACCGUGUUAGUGAACUUUUCAACUCAACUCUUUCAUCACGGUAUGAUGCAUGUACAGCUGAUUCUACUUGGAUAUGUGUUUUUUGUAAGAAAGGUCCACACUUCUUGGUAGAAGCUUCAAGUUUUUUGGAAAAAUCCAUACCAUUGUCUGGAAACGAACCGAUUUCAGCUUGUGUACUUAGCGAUCUCUUCGGACCAUUUUCAGUAAUGCAAAAUAUUGCAGGAAGUGAUUCAAUUCUUACAUACAAUAAUGAUGUCAAAGUAGUCAAUAUUCAAGGAAAACAGCAGAAUGAAAAUAAAUAUGGUUCAAAAUAUCCGGUAAUAAUAAAUCAAUUCCUUUCAAAAUCGAAAACGAUGAAAACGUAUUUUCCUGAAGAAAAGGAAUAUUCUUUCAUGGAUAUUUCAAUGACAAAUGUAAUAGAUGACUGUUACGAAGUCUGGGUACACGAACAAUGUAUUAUAUGGUCCGUUGGAGUAUAUGUCACAGGGGGAGGAAGGAUUAAUGGAUUACAAGAUGCUGUCCGUGAUUCAAUCAUAUCAGUUUGCAGUUUUUGUGGAAAUAAUGGAGCAAAUAUAAAAUGUUUAAAAAAAGGUUGCAAAUUUAUAGUACAUUAUUGUUGUGCCAUAAAUUCUGCAUGGCACUUGAAUGUAAAGGAUUUCAUUUCAAAAUGUAAUAUUCACAAGUAAAUAUAAUUUAG